AAGGAGAAUCUGGGCGGCUCUUUGUAGUUGGGCUCGGGUUGCUGGCCGGCGUCGUUUAGUUGGUACGCGCCGCACCGGAAGUGCGAGGGGGGGGCGGUUAGGUGGCGGUAGCAGCAGCAGCAGCGGCAGCCUUGGGUGUUAUGAGAGGAAUGCUGCUGCCCGGAGCGGCGGGGCGGAGCUCGGGAUGAGCUGGCGGGCGCGGUGGGGCUCCACCCCAGAGCGGUCGUCUCCGGGCGAGGGGGACCAGUCGCCGCCGCCGCCGUCGUCCCCGCCGCUUCCACCCCGGAAACAGUCGCCGAAGCAGCCGCCGGCCUAUGCCUCCUGCUCGGUGCCCGUGUCGGUGCCCGGCGGGGGCCUGUUCGCCUGGGUGCGCGACCGGCGCCUGGGCCAUGGGGGCCGCUGCGUGGAGCCGGCCCGGGACACCUUCCGGGCGAUGACGGGGCUCUACGGGGCCAUCCAGCCCGCGGACUCCGUCUCCCCCAUCACACGCACGCACGGCGCCGUCUUCAACCUGGAGUAUUCCCCUGGCGGGUCAGUGCUAACUGUUGCUUGUGAACAGACGGAAGUCCUGCUUUUUGACCCCAUAUCUUCAAAGCACAUCAAAACACUCUCCACUGCUCAUGAGGACUGUGUAAAUAAUAUCAGGUUUCUUGAUAACAGACUGUUUGCAACAUGCUCUGAUGACACUACCAUAGCGCUGUGGGAUCUGAGGAAGCUCGAUUCCAAAGUGUGCACUUUACACGGUCACACCAGCUGGGUGAAGAACAUUGAAUAUGACACUAACACAAGAUUGUUAGUAACAUCGGGAUUUGAUGGAAAUGUUAUUAUUUGGGAUACCAAUAGGUGCACAGAAGAUGGCUGCCCUCACAAGAAGUUCUUUCACACCCGCUUCCUCAUGCGCAUGAGGUUGACCCCAGACUGUUCCAAAAUGUUGAUCUCAACUUCUUCUGGGUAUCUCCUGAUUUUGCACGACCUCGAUUUAACCAAAUCUUUAGAGGUUGUCAGCUACCCCAUUUUAAGAGCCAGGAGAACCGUAUCCAAUUUAGAUCUGGCCUCUGCUGCCUCAUCUGGUCCGAGGAGUACUGGAUCACCAUGUCACCAGGGUGACUCAACCCCCCUAUCUGAGAAACAUGCAGUACGAGCUACCCAACGAGAAGGUGGAUCACCACGCAAUAGUCUUGAAGUUCUGACCCCAGAGGUUCCUGGUGAGAGGGAUUGAGGAAACUGCAUUACAUCACUGCAGCUCCAUCCCAAAGGGUGGGCUACGCUUCUUCGAUGUUCAAGUAACACUGAUGACCAGGAGUGGACUUGUGUCUAUGAAUUCCAAGAAGGCACCCCAGUGAGGCCAGUUUCCCCUCGGUGUUCUCUCCGAUUGACUCACUGCAUUGAGGAAGCCAAUGUUGGUCGAGGCUAUAUCAAAGAACUCUGUUUCAGCCCGGAUGGCCGCAUGAUCGCCUCCCCGCAUGGUUAUGGGAUCCGCUUGUUGGGGUUUGACUCGCAGUGCAGCGAACUGGUGGACUGUUUGCCCAAGGAAGCCGCCCCCUUGCAAGAGAUCCGCUCACUCUAUUCGCAUAGUGACGUGGUCCUGACCACCAAGUUCUCUCCAACGCAUUGUCAGAUUGCCUCUGGGUGCCUUAGUGGGCGUGUGUCUUUAUAUCAGCCAAAGUUUUAGGCACCUUUUGCCUUGAAAGGAAUAUCUGUUGUUUGUCUUUUAAAUUACUUCAGUUUAGUUGGAGUGUUCUUUUAAAAACAAAACAAAACAGAAGAAUCUUGUACAUUUGGACAAGUGCAGAGUUACUCUGAUCCCUGGACUGAAAGGCAGGACGAGGUCAGUCAGUCCUCCCCUUUAUGUGAACGGGUGUUUGUGUGUGUCGUGACUCAGAAUUCGCACUUCAAAAUUGAUAGUGCAUUCUUCCUCUCUGCUCCUACUGUUUCUUCUACCUGCAUUGUUUGGGACAAGCAUGGAAGCACUCCUGAGCCUUGUCUUCCCACCUGACUCUUAAAGCAAGAUGUCGGAGGGACUUAAGAAGAGGGGACACACCCAGCCCACACUGGUGUGCAUCUUUGCCUCAAGGGAAUUGGACUUCAACCUCUAGGCCUCUUUUUGAUUUCUGGAUUUUGCUGUAUUAUGUUUCUUCUUUUUCUAGGUAAUGGAGCACUUCUCUGGCACAGUAGAUUAUCUGCAUACAGCAGGCAUAUUAUUUCCUGGUGAACAACAAAAUGCUCUUACUACAUUUUGAUAUUGUUCUACUGUAGUUGUCUGUUGGCUAGUAUUCUAAAAACUGUACAUGGUUGCCAGGUUCUCCUCCCCCUGACCUGAAAAGGAACAGUGGAGGCACAGUUUUCCUUCCUCUGUUGGAUAGAGAAAAACUGGAUAACCUUACAUCUUGUUCUCACAAGUUUUGUAAAGGAGCACUUUCUAUAAUAUCAUUGAACAUAGAAGAGAGUGUAGUUGGAUCACUAAGUAUCUGCCCAAACACUUAUGUUUACAGUCCAACAGGACAUUAUCCUGCACAAGCCUCCAUGAAAUGAAAUAGGUAUUGUGCAGAUGCUGAAGGUCUGGAAGAGCUGCCCAUUCAUUUCAGGGAGGUUUGUGCAGAAAAAUGUCUGUCUGAAUUGUAUACUGCGCCCUUUGAUGGGUCUUACUGCUGUGAAAGUUUUGGAGAUUGAAUAAACUCUUCAAAAAUAUAUCAACUUCAAUGUUACUCAGUACUAUUUCCAUUUGCAACAUGACUGAAGUUGGUUGACCUUUUAUUCAUGUGCCUUGCAAGUCGUAAACUGAUGCUACCCCUUCUGAGAAAAGGCCUAGCUCAGGUGUGCUAAGACUCAGCUGACCAGCUACGGAUGAGGAUCAAUCUAAACGUUUUGCUGAAAUGAUGAGUUUUCUCCUGUGGCAAUUAAGAACAUUUCUUAGGAUAUGGGCACAUCCUUCAGAACUGUUUCCAAAAAUGUUCACUAUAGUAACGUUAAGCUGUGUUUUUCUGUUGCAGAUACUUAUGUGAAAUAAACCAAGCAGUCAUA